UUGUACGUGCCCUCAAAUUGAUAAACCCUUGAAAGACAAUAAUCUCGUGCGCGAGCAAACUCCAAUAAUUUUUAGGAAAACAACACCUAAAAAUAGGCCAUCACCUUCCCUGUCGCAGUUUGGCAGCUGUUGUUUUCAAUCACCUUGGAAAAAAUCGUAAACGCUGAGAUAGACGGACAAGUUGACUGAUGUGUUGACCACAGAUAUUGACCCAACGACAUCAAACAGACAGAGAAAUGUGGCGACGGAUCUCGGAAGACGACAGAGGAGUUGAACACAAUGUGAAACAUUGCUGAAGAUUGUUCAAGAUUGGCCGGAUUUGCAACAAACACACGUACAGUAAUCAAGAUUAAGGGCGAGGAAUUCGUAUGCGCAUUCAUUUGCACUUCUUUAUUUUUAGCCCAAGUGGUGUGCGGCUAAAGUGUGGAUUGUCUGGUGUUGACUGACUGUCAUAGAUACUGGGCGUCGUCAAGGGCACACAUGGCCCAUACAGUGCAGGACCACCAGAUGGCACAGCCCCAGGCAGCAGUGUUGUCUCUCCCUCCCUCCGGCCAGGCUAAAAGAUGGACAGUGUUGGACUCCCUGCUAUGUGGAGCAUUGGCAGGAGCUGUGGCCAAAACAGUCAUAGCUCCUCUGGACAGAACCAAGAUCAUCUUCCAAGUGUCUUCACAAAGAUUCUCUGCUAAGGAAGCCUUCAGACUCCUCUACUGUACAUACAUGAAAGAUGGCUUCCUCAGUCUGUGGAGGGGCAACUCUGCCACCAUGGUGCGGGUCAUCCCCUACGCUGCCAUCCAGUUCUGCUCCCACGACCAGUACAAGAGAAUCCUGGGGGAAUCCUAUGGCUUCCAGGGAAAAGCCCUUACUCCUUUUCCACGUUUCCUGGCAGGGUCGUUGGCUGGCACCACAGCUGCCAUGCUCACCUACCCCCUGGACAUGGUGCGGGCCAGGAUGGCAGUGACACCCAGACAAAUGUACAGCAACAUUAUGCACGUGUUUGUGCGCAUUACACAGGAGGAGGGCAUUAAGACCCUGUACAGAGGCUUCUGCCCGACCAUCCUGGGAGUGAUCCCAUACUCAGGAAUCACCUUCUUCACAUAUGAGACCCUCAAGAAACUACAUGCAGAGAGGACUAGGCGGUCCCAGCCGUACUCCUACGAGCGUCUGGCGUUUGGCGCGUGUGCUGGCCUGAUCGGCCAGUCGGCCUCUUACCCGCUGGACGUGGUUCGCCGACGCAUGCAGACGGCAGGGGUGACGGGCCAACAGUACGGCAGCGUCCUGAACACCAUGAAAUCGAUCGUGGUGCAGGAGGGUGUGGUGCGUGGACUCUACAAGGGCCUCAGUAUGAACUGGAUCAAAGGGCCUAUUGCUGUGGGGGUCAGCUUCACCACCUUUGACCUCAUGCACAACCUCCUGCACAAGUUGCACCAGUUGGGAUACUUCACACACUGAGCCAGCAGAGGGAGCCAGAGGAAAGGUUCACUGUUGGGACUAGAGUUGUCGUCCGUCGGUCACAGACACAAUAUGGAUCCUCUGCAAGUCAGAUAGGGAUUGAAAGGGGAGGGUGGAUACUGGACAGACAGAAGGAGGCAGAAGCUGUCAGUUUAUUUAAGCGCACAUCCUCUGACACACAUUAAGCACGCACAGCCAGACCACCCACUCUUGCUGUUGAUGGAUGGGAUGUCUGUACUAAGGCUAAAAUAAGUGUCCUCAAACAGGGUAGAUGUGUGCAUGAGUUUGCAGUAUGAGAAUGUGAAUGAUUUUACAUUUCCAGUCCUGAUAUUUGUUUGAGAUUGUGGUAUUAUCUCUGGUAAGGGCACUUAAUGUGGCUGGAGAUAUUCAGAGGCGAAGAACUUUACAAUCGGUUCAUUUUAGUAUGGAAUUUGAUCAACUAUGCUCACAAUGUUUUCUGUUGCUUUAAACUGAAGAUUCACUUAUAUUUUCAAACAUGCAUUGCUGCUUUUUUUCUUGAUUAUUUCAGGGCUUGUUGCAGCUGUAAUCCGCUGCUCUGCUCACUUUUGCAUUUAGCAUCAACGUUUCAUGGAAGAGUCACCUAGUGGGCCUUGCUGCCAGACAAUAUAAUCUGAUUGUUGAUAGUUUCUUGAUUGCUGGUAGUUGGGAAUGUAGUCUUGUUCCAAAGAGCUUGUUGCUGUUUUUUUACGGUUAAAAAUGUCAAUUUUAUGACGUGCCAAGAUGGAAUGUACUGUCAGGAAAAGUAUUGCCACCCUUGAUAAAGAUGAGCAAAAAAUACUGUAUAAAAUAAAUACAAGUACUGAGCUA